GUGGAAGUAGGAGAGUUUUUCCGCACCGGUGAAGAUAAUGCGGCAUCUGUACAUAUCGCAGUUUCGUGUUCUGACCGCGGCUGGGAUUGAUAUGUCUAAGUGGGGCGUCUCAUUCAACUUGGUCGUCGGAUUCAUAGGUGAGUUCGUUCACUCACCCAGAUUUACGAACACUUGGUGUGAAUGAGUCGACCAACCGCCACUUGUGAGCCACACACACAACGCGCGUCCCCCACGACCCAACUGACCCAAACAAAAACAAAACUGCGCCACCACAUACUGUACAAAUUCCUCCCAAUUCAUGCUAUCUUUAGAGAGCUGAGAACCGGCAGAUACCACACCGACCACCGCUGUUCGAGGCUAAAGAAGGAAGAGACGACGGUUUUGGAUUUUGUGUAACCGAACCCGUCAGCGUGAGCCAAACAAGAUCCUUCUUCUUCGCCUUCGCCGUCUCGAAUCGAAUUAGGGUUCUGAAAUCAGGGGAGGAGAGAUGCUACAGGGGUGGAAAAAGUACCUGUUUCACUCCAAGGAGGGUGGCGAUGGCGAUGGCGGUGGCGGGGGAGUGCGGUGGGGUAGGAUCAGCGCUUCCGUUUGCUUUCUCGUCCUCCUCUCCUUGGCCUUCGUUUGCUUCUCCGCCUUUUAUUCCGGAGACUACGGGUGGUCGGCCGCUACCGCCAACAUCGGACUCGGCCCCGCCGCUGAAGCCGCGGCAGCUGUUGCCGACCCCUCGCCGACCAAUCUCUCCCACAUCGUCUUCGGCAUCGGGGGGUCGGCGCGCACGUGGAGCCGGCGGCGGGGGUACAGCGAGCUGUGGUGGCGGCCGGGAGUGACACGGGGCCACGUGUGGCUCGACAAGGCGCCGCCCGAGGGGGCGUGGCCGGCCAUGAGCCCACCGUACCGAGUGUCCGCGAACGCGUCCCGGUUCCGGGAGCGGGCGUCGGCGUCGCGGAUAGCGCGGAUCGUGGCGGAGUCGCAGCGGCUGCACGCCGGGGACGCUGGGGUUCGGUGGUUCGUGAUGGGGGACGACGACACCGUCUUCUUUGUGGACAACCUGGUGGCCAUGCUGGGGAAGUACGACCACGAGGAGAUGUACUACGUGGGCGCGCCGUCGGAGAGCGUGGAGCAGGACGUGAUGCACUCGUACGGCUUGGCGUACGGCGGCGGAGGGUUCGCGGUGAGCGCCCCAGCAGCGGCCGAGCUAGCCCGAGCCCUCGACGGGUGUCUCGACCGCUACGCCCAAUUGUACGGCAGCGAUCAGCGGGUGCACUCCUGCUUGAGCGAGCUCGGCGUGCCGCUCACUCGCGAGCCCGGAUUCCACCAACUGGACAUCCGAGGCGACGCGUACGGGUUGCUGGCGGCGCACCCGGUGGCGCCGCUGGUGUCGCUGCACCACCUGGACUACCUAGCGCCCAUCACGCCGCGCGGGGGCGACCGGCUCGGUGCCCUGCGCACGCUCAUGGACGCGGCCCGCCUCGACCCCGCACGCAUCCUGCAGCAGUGCUUCUGCUACGAGGCCCAGAGAGGCUUCGCAUGGUCCGUCUCCGUUUCCUGGGGAUACACCGUGCAGCUGUACCCGCGGGUCUUGGCGGCCAAUGACAUGGAGGUCCCGCUCCGCACCUUCAAGACCUGGAGGAGCUUCGGUGAUGGGCCAUUCACGUUCAACACCCGCCAGGUGGCGCCGGACCGGCCCUGCGAUCGCCCGCUGCUCUACUUCCUCAGCAGCGUGAAGAAGAAGAACGGGCAAGACGGGAGUGGAAGCACGAUGUCGGAGUACUCCCGAUACCGAGAGGAUGGGCGGUGCAAAGGCCUCCCUGGUUAUGGUGCGGCCUUGAAGGUGGAAACCGUCAAGGUGUUCGCGCCCAAGAUGGCCCCCGCCGCAUGGAGGCGAGCACCGAGGAGGCAGUGCUGCCGAACGCGUCGGUCAUGGUGGGGCCGUACCUUGGAAGUACGAAUAAGAAACUGUCGCCCGGGUGAGAUCACGUCCCCGCCGCAGGUGUAGACGGCCGCUGCUGCAGCUCAGGUAAAUCGAUGCACAAUUUCUGCCUAUAUGCACAGGAUACCGCAGCACGUUUUUGCUGUACAUAUAAACCAUGACAUAUAUAUUUAUGCCAUUUUUGUUCUUAGCGAAAUUGUCAGAGGUGGCAAUGAGUUUUAAUGUAAUCCGAUCUAAGUUAUUUGUACUUCAAACCGAAAAACUGAAGAAAAAAAUUUAUGAGAUAGAUUUUGAUGUCA